UGGUCACAUCCUGAGUAAGAGUGUCCUUAUUUGCACUUUUGCAACACGGUUCUUCAGAGCAAACAUCCAAUGGAGACAUGUUUGUUUUCUGACUUGGCGAGGGGUGGCACUGGACAAUUAUUAACUGCUCCUCAUCUCAUCUCACAGCAUUUGUUGGGAUUUUGUCAGAAAAUUGGACAAUUCCUGUCAAAAUGUCUAUGAGGUGUCUAGUAAUCGUCCUCCUGUCCUUCCCCCAAGCCUUCCACGUCUUAGCCCAAAGUACGGCAGAGUCCUGUCCUGCUCCCAGACUGGAUGGAGGGUUUUUUGUGCCGGAGCAAGGAACCUACUCGCAUGGAAGCGCCCUGGCCUAUGCUUGCAACCCCGGGUGGAAACCAGCGGUGGAGGGUUGGUGGGCCACCACUGUAUGCCUGAACGGGUCAUGGUCUCAUAUGCCACAAUGUAUUGGUGAGAGCAGCUGCCUGCCGCCAGAUGUCCCCAACGCCAAGUACACGGAGAGUCCUCCAGGCUGGUACCAGGAAGGCCGGCUGAUCCGGGUCAAGUGUGACCAGGGCUACCAACACGCCACCUGGGAGGCCACAGCCACAUGUGCAAAUGGAACCUGGUCCUCCCUGCCCGUUUGUCAGCGAAGUAAGACCUCUUGUGAUGAGCCGCCUCGGAUGUUCCACGCUGUCAUCGUCCUUCACAAGUACCAGCAGGUGUUUGAAGCCGACUCCGAGGUGCACUUUGAUUGUGAGGAGGGCUACAGAGUCCAAGGGGACGACACCCGCAAGUCCAUCUUUUGUGUUGCCGGGGGAUGGACUUUGGCGCCCAACUGCACAAGAACACAAACAGUUGGGCAUGAUGGCGACAUGUCGGGUAGCGUGACAAAACCUGCUGGUGAUACAAUUCCAGAGCGAGGAAAGGGGCGAGGCUCUCCUGCUGGGGGUUCCAGGAUCACUGACACAGGAUCUGCAACAACUUCUGGACGAGGCAGUGGCACACCUCAGACGGUCCCAGUGGACAACUGCGGAGUGGUCCCACGCCUCCCCAACGGUGAGGUGGUGAGAAAGCGUGCCAUGUCCCUGAAGUACGCCUGCAACUCUUUCUACAAGCGGGUGGGUCCUGAGAUGGUGGUGUGCUACCAGGACGGCACCUGGUCCAAAGUUCCCACCUGCAAAGAAGCCUUCUGUGAGGUGGACCUGGACCAGUAUGCAAACUACAACAUUCGAGAAUCUGGGACCAUAAUCCUCAAGGAGCGAGAGAGCAGGGAUGUUGCGUGUCUGUGGAGAUCCUACACCAGCCGGAUUGUGUGCACCCAGGGGAGAGUUAGUGUCAGCAAGUGUUGCCACUACUGGGACCACUACACCCAAAGCUGCAACUAGCGGGCGAGCGUCCCUGGGAGAAAGACAACAUCUUCUCAUGCUUGGAGGCGUGUCAUGUGACCUGUCAUGUGACAUCAUUAAAUUUCAGAAGAAAAUGAA